ACGAGUCUCAGAGUAGGCCACGCACUAAUUGAGACGGCGGAGAGCAUCUCUCAAUUGGCAGCGCUAGAGAGCAGACUUCUCUCUCGGAGAGCAGUGAUAUAGGGUGCUCAGAGAUAUCAGCCACGUGCAUCGAACAAGAGAACUGAACUAUGACGCGUCUCAUCAUUCUGCUGGCGCUUUCCUCCUUCACUUUGGCCAGCGUCAAUGGUGCCCGGAUUUUAGGGUUGUUUCCAUAUCCGAGUCGCAGCCACCUGAACGUAUACUCAACCCUGACGAAGGCCCUUGCAGCCAGGGGCCACGAGCUGGUCGUGGUCAGCGCGUAUUCGCUGGCCAAGCCGCCCGCCAACUACACUGACAUCGACUCCAUGCCGGCGGUCAAGGCCAUCCAUGACGCCAUCUUCAACGCUGAUGUUUACGAUGACUUCUCAGACUUUCCGCUCUACCUAAUCAUGACCUCCUUCUGGGACGAGGGACUCUGGGUGACUGAGGAGUUCCUAAAGUACUCGAAGGUUCAAGAUAUUCUGCAAGACAAACGAGGAUUCGAUCUCGUGAUAUCGGAGGCUUUUGUUGACGAGGCAGUGUAUGCCUUUGCGUUUCACUUCCAAGCUCCCCUGAUAUUAAUUUCCUCUAUGAACGGUUUGCACUGGAUUAACCACGCAGUCGGCAACCCGGCACCUUUGUCUUACUACCCUAACCCCAUGCUUACCUACACCGAUCGCAUGGAAUUCUCCGAGAGACUCACAAACUUCCUCUUCACGAAAGUGUGGGACUUGGGAAACUAUUUCUACUACUAUCCGAAGCAGAAUGAACUCAAAGAAAAGUUUUUCGGGCCUGGCUUGCCGGACGUAAGGGAAAUUGAACGAAAUGCCAGCCUCGUGUUGCUGAACGCCCACUUCACGACGACCUUUCCGCGCCCUUUGGUGCCCGCGAUGGUCGAGGUGGGUGGCAUGCACGUUAGCCCGAAGACCAACAAACUACCCGCGGACAUUCAGGAAUUCCUGGAUGGUGCCACGCAAGGAGCGAUUUACUUUUCAAUGGGCUCCAAUCUGCGCAGCGACCUCAUGCCCGCGGAGAAGAUUCGCGAGAUUCUGGCGGCAUUCGCCAAAAUUCCGCAGCGGGUGCUCUGGAAAUGGGAGUCGGAUGAGUUGGCUGAGCGCCUGGAAAACGUAAAAACCGCAAAGUGGUUGCCACAACAGGACAUCCUCGCGCACCCCAACGUCAAAGUAUUCAUAACUCACGGCGGAUUACUGAGUGCCCAGGAGGCGGCGUUCCAUGGAGUGGCACUGAUUGGAAUUCCGAUUUUCGGCGACCAAAUGCUCAACGUGAAGCAGGCGGAACGCGCUGGAUACGCGGUCGUCGUGAAUUAUCAUACUAUAUCUGAAAGCAGUUUCUCGGCAGCCAUCGCCAAAGCUCUUCACGAUGACAGAAUCCAAUCUGAAGCGAAGCGGCGAGCAAAGGUUGUGCGAGACCAGCCGCAAACAGCAUUGGAAAGAGCUGUCUACUGGACGGAGUACGUCCUUCGGCACCGAGGCGCUCCUCAUUUACGGUCAGAGGCACUCUCUUUAGAUUGGUACCAAUUGGAACUUCUCGACGUGUAUUCAUUCAUCACUCUUGUCCUGCUCGCACUCUUAUUGUCACUCGCGUUUUGCGUCAGGAAGUUGAUAAGCAAUUGUACUAGAAAUAAUAAAAUUAAAUCUGAUUCGCUCGCGCGAGGCAAAAACGACGAGAUGCAGUUAUCAGCGGCACUCGCUCUCGCUUUUUUGCUUGCCGGGUGCCAGCAGACGCUCGGUGCCAAAAUCCUGGCCAUCACGCCCAUCGUCUCACCGAGCCACGGCAUCUGGAAUCGCGCCCUGCUCGAGGGGCUGGCUGACAAGGGCCACGACGUUACGGCAAUCAUCCCAUUCGUAGGCAAGAAUAGGACUGGUAUAAGCUACCAUGACAUUGGUGGGCUAUACGAAGAUGACGACUUCAUUGAAUUUGCCCACCUGGGCAUCAAAGGCAACAUUGACGCCUUCUGGGACUUUGCAACCGAAGUGAACCCGACUCAAGCCAAAUCAGAAGUGUCCAAGCGGCUGCUGAUCGACAGCAAGGAAAAGUACGACCUGGUCAUAUAUGAGAUGUGCAUGAGCGAAGUGUUUGUCGCUAUCCUACCCAAAUUUCAAGCGCCGAUCGUCGCGAUCGACGCUUACGCCGACGGCUGGUGGAAUUGGGAAGCGUUCGGGGUUGAUGCUCGUCCUUCUAUUUUUCCAAGCUCCAUUCUACCUUACAAGUAUCCAAUGACAUUUCGUCAAAGGGUUGUCAAUUUUCUGACUCGCCUCUAUGAUCGAUACCAGAGGAGAAACUAUCUCAAAGUUCAGCAGGCUCUUGCCAAUCACGUAUUUGGCAAACAAGCGUCGCAGAUAGACGAGGUGGAAAAUAAUUACGACUUUUUCUUGAUCAACAAUGGACCUCCGGGCGUGGAUUUGGGCAGGGCCCUCCCUCCGAAUUUCAAGGAAGUAGGCUGCCUGCAGUGCAGACCAGCUGACCCAAGCCAACUCCAACCCAACGUCAGAGAAUUCCUGGACAGUGCAACGGACGGAUUCAUUUUCUUUAGUCUGGGGUCCAAUGUGAAGAGUAGCCUUCUUCCCGAUGAUGUUAAAAAGGGGAUUAUAGAAGUUUUUGGCAAGCUUAAACAAAAGGUUUUGUGGAAAUUCGAGGAUGACAAUUUGCCCGGCAAGCCGAAAAACGUUCUCAUCAACAAGUGGCUAUCUCAACAGGACGUAUUAGGCCACAAAAACAUGCGUAUUUUCAUCACGCAUGGCGGUCGACUCAGCGCCCAAGAGGCGAAUUACCACGGCGUGCCGCUAGUUGUCAUUCCUAUUUUCGCCGACCAGCACAAAAAUGGAGAGAAUGCACUCAACGCCGGCGUCGGGGUCACACUCAAAUUUUUAUCGUUUACUAAAGAGAAGUUCGCCAAGGCCAUUCAUGAAGUGCUUAAUAAUCCGAUUUACAGAGAAAAUGCUCAGCGGUAUUCGUCGAUCGCCAGAGACACGCUGCACACGCCGUUGGAAGAGGCAACUUUUUGGAUCGAGUACGUUAUUCGGCACAAAGGAGCAAAGCACUUGCGACCGGCCGGCCAGCACCUCAACUGGAUCCAGCUCCAUUCAAUCGACGUGAUUGCAUUUCUGCUCUCACCUUUUGUUCUAAUAGCGUUCCUCUUGAAAAAGUUCCUCUGUUCAAAGAAGGAGAAAGUUAAAAAGCAAUAAAAUUUAUUUACUUUA